AUGAUGCCAUUCAUCUAAUUGAAAUCACCUUAAUUGCUGGAAAUGGAAAUCAAAUUUACUUUUUUCAUUUAAACAGAAUAAAGAAUCGAUAAAAAUUUUUUAAUUAUCCAAAUAUUUGAAAAUCAAGCUUAGAAACUUUGAA